AUGGUGCUCAUCAGCCGCAAGAACCGCAAGCUCAUUUUGGAGCACCUCUUCAAGGAGGGUGUGCUCACCGUGGAGAAGAACGGUAUGAAGCCGAAGCACGAGCACAUUGACGUGCCAAACCUGCACGUUAUGAUGCUCAUGAAGUCCCUUAACUCUCGUGGAUUCGUCAAGCAGAAGUUCAACUGGCAGUGGUAAGGACUUAGACUUCUCGUUUUGGUUUGUCUCGUUACAAUUUAGGUUUCAAGCGCUAGCAAAGCACCACGAAAUCUCUGGUGAUUCAGAAAAAUUUUGACUUUUUGGUAGGAAAUUCUUGAGUCUGAACACGAGCAAGCCUAGGAUCAGAACACAAUUGGUGGAUUCUUUGCCGUUUUAAAAUUUCUGUCUAGCGAGCCAACAUUUCUUUUUUCUCAGGUACUACUACUUCCUGAAUGACGAGGGUAUCUCUCACUUGCGUGAGGUGCUCCACUUGCCGAGCACCAUUAUGCCGAACACGCUUACCAAGCAGACCCGCCAGAACCGCCCCGGUGCCCAGCGUUACGACGACGAGGACCGACCCAAGGGAAAGGGCAAGGGAAAAGGAAAGGGCAAAGGUAACAAGAGUCGAUAGUCUUUCGCAAUCGGCCACACACUUUCAUUGACGGUGUUAGUGAAUCAAGUUUAGCCAAGUAGAACCUUCUUAAGACGAAGAAAAUUGUUACCUGUUCAGCGAUCUCCUUUUCCAUUUAGGAAGAAGUCUCACUGUUGACCACUCAUUCUCAAUGCAUUUUCGAAGGUAAGAAGGGUGGCGGCUGGACUUCCAGCAAGGGCCGUGAGGGAUAUGACGGCGAGGCCCAGAAGGAAGCUGCCCCGGCCGAAGAGUAAGCAGGUUGCUCGUGUGGAUAGAGAUAUUUGUCUAAGAAGCAUGCGUGAACGGCUUUUCAAAAUUAUCCCGGCAGUGGCGUUAGGCGGCUGUGGUCUUCAGAAAUGAGUACAUGUCACAUUUACUUGGGGAAUAUCACCUCCAAGAGGCGUGGCAAUCUCGCAGAAGGUUGACUGCAGUCGGGAGCGCUCGUGAAAUCACCAUGGCGCUUUUCGAUGAAGUUGAGAUGCAGAAUUGAAAAGACGAAAUGGUGUAAGGUUCACCCAGGAGAUUCGAGGAGGCAAGAUUUAGAAAGUUCACUGCGUCUCGCGUCUCGUACGCCGAGAAAAAUGUAGCAUGAUAGUGCGGUGUUCAAGUUUUCUAACCAUGCGGC